GAGUCAGGAAUCAGGAUCUCUGCAGUGGCGUUGGUGUCGCGCUCAGGAUCGGAGUUACCGCGAGUUUCUCUUUGUUUCUCGGAGAAUCAGACGGAAAUCUGCCGGCAUGAGUCCGGCUUGAAGAAGGGAAGGGUGUGGUGUGGUGUGGACCCGCACCAGCGCGCGUCUCCGGCGGUCUGUAUGCGCGCGCCCCGCCGCUCCGCUCCGCACAUCUGCCCGCGGUGAGAGACGCGACGCCCCGAGCAGCAGCAGCAGCAGCAGCAGCAUGGCGGAGCGCGGAUCCGGAGUGCUCAUGAUGCUGCUGGAGCCCCCGGCCCUCGGCAUGACCCUGCCGGCGGAGGUGCGCGAGAGGCUGGCGGAGCUGGAGCUGGAGCUGUCCGAGGGUGACAUCACGCAGAAAGGCUAUGAGAAGAAAAGAGGGAAACUACUGGCGCCCUACAUUCCCCAGAUACAAGGUGUAGAUCCGUCUCUUCAGAUCGAGCACAGAAUUCAGUCUUCAGCACCGGCGGCUCAUCCGGCCUCCAAACACAACAAGCCUCGGCUGGCCAACUCCAGGGAUGAGCGCUUCAGAUCAGAUCUCCAUACAGAAGCAGUUCAAGCAGCUUUGGCCAAAUACAAAGAGAGAAAGAUGCCGAUGCCCUCAAAGAGACGCUCUGUGCUGGUGCAGUCUUCAGUCGAAGCAUGCACUCCUCCAGACACCUCGUCAGCUUCAGAAGAUGAGGGCUCCCUGCGCCGGACGGGCCGAUUCGCUUCCUCAUCCCCGUAUGCGGCUCAGGCCAGCGUGGAGCACUGGUUUAACAGGGUGAUCCAGGGCUCCUCCACCUCCUCCUCCGCCUCCUCCACCUCCUCACACCCUGGAGGUCGAGCGCAGCACUGCACCAACACCAGCUCCGCUUCAGCCGCCACCGUCCUGGCAGACCUGAUGGCACACACACACAUCGACCAGCACUGCGCACCGCCGGAUGUGACGGGUCUGUUGGAGCGCUCGCUGCAUGCGGAGCGUCCACAGGUGGCGUCAGUGCGAGGCCUUCCCCGCGGAUACACACACUCCAGCCUGAUGGAGACGGCCGACGGUGUUCCAGUCAACAGUCGAGUGUCCUCCAAGAUCCAGCAGCUCCUCAACACUCUGAAAAGGCCAAAGAGACCUCCUCUACGAGAGUUCUUCCUUGAUGACUUCGAGGAGCUUUUGGAUGUGCAGCAUCCAGACCCGCAGCAGCCGAAGCCGGAGGGGGGGGAGAUGCGCGCUCUGAGUGGGGACCAGCCAGGGGUCUCCAGUAACCGGCCCUCAUCCCUGCUGGGGUCCCUCCAGCGCUGGGGAAACACUCAGGCCAAGAGCCCCUGUCUAACCGCUCUUGACAACACCGGAAAACCCCUCUACACACUCACAUACGGGAAGCUGUGGACGCGGAGUCAGAAACUGGCCUUCACACUGCUCAACAAACUGAGCAGCAGGAAUGAACCACUGCUGAGACCUGGAGACAGAGUUGCGCUGGUGUUCCCCAAUAAUGACCCAGUGAUGUUCAUGGUGGCCUUUUACGGCUGUCUGCUGGCGGAGCUGGUGCCCGUGCCCAUAGAGGUGCCGCUCACUCGAAAGGAUGCGGGCGGGCAGCAGGUGGGCUUUCUGCUGGGCAGCUGCGGGGUCACUCUGGCUCUGACCACCGAUGCCUGUCAGAAGGGUUUGCCCAAAGCACAGACCGGAGAGGUGGUCACAUUUAAAGGCUGGCCACGGCUGCUGUGGUUUGUGACUGAUGGAAAACAUGUCGUAAAGCCUCCUAAAGACUGGCAUCCACCAAUACGAGACGCCAGCAAUGAGAUAGCAUACAUAGAGUAUAAGACCGGUAAGGAGGGCAGCACUAUGGGGGUCACGGUGUCUCACUCCGCCAUGUUGGCUCACUGUCAUGCACUCACACAGGCCUGCGGAUACACCGAGGGAGAGAUUAUAACUAAUGUGUUGGAUUUCAAGCGGGACGCUGGUUUAUGGCACGGGGUCCUGACGAGUGUGAUGAACAGAAUGCAUGUGAUCAGCAUCCCGUACUCCCUGAUGAAGGUCAACCCUCUGUCCUGGAUACAGAAAGUGCACACUUAUAAAGCUCGUGUUGCCGUGGUGAAGUCCAGAGACAUGCACUGGUCACUUUUAGCCCAGCGGGAUCAGAGAGACCUCAGUCUGAGCUCGCUACGCAUGCUCAUCGUGGCAGACGGAGCCAAUCCCUGGUCUAUUUCGUCGUGCGAUGCCUUCCUGAAUGUGUUUCAGUCGCGGGGGCUGCGUCCUGAGGUCAUCUGUCCAUGUGCCAGCUCCUCUGAGGCCCUGACCGUCGCCAUCCGCAGGCCUCCAGAGACAGGUGUUCCUCCUCCAGGAAAGGCGGUUCUCUCCAUGAGUGGUCUGAGCUAUGGAGUGAUUCGGGUGGACACCGAGGAGAAGCUCUCCGUCCUCACAGUGCAGGAUGCGGGACAGGUGAUGCCCGGAGGGCUGGUGUGUGUGAUUCGUGUGGAGGGAACGCCGUAUCUCUGUCGUACGGAUGAGGUUGGGGAGAUCUGUGUGAGCUCCAGCACUACAGGAACCUCCUAUUAUGGUCUGCCAGGAAUGACCAAGAAUGUCUUUGAGACUAUUCCUGUCACGUCUUCAGGAGCUCCUAUCAGUGACCGAGCCUUUACGCGCACAUCUCUGCUGGGGUUCAUCGGCCCGGAUAAUCUGGUGUUUGUGGUGGGCAAGCUGGACGGGCUGAUGGUGGUCAGUGGACGCAGGCAUAACGCGGAUGAUGUGGUGGCCACAGCGCUGGCCGUCGAGCCCAUGAAGUUCGUCUACAGAGGAAGGAUUGCAGUGUUUUCCGUGUCGGUGCUGCAUGAUGAGCGGAUAGUAGUGGUGGCAGAGCAGAGACCAGACGCUUCAGAAGAGGACAGCUUUCAGUGGAUGAGCCGAGUGCUGCAGGCUAUCGACAGCAUCCAUCAGGUGGGCGUGUACUGUCUGGCUCUGGUUCCAGCAAACACACUCCCCAAAGCCCCUCUGGGCGGCAUCCACAUCUCCGAGAGCAAACAGCGCUUUCUGGAGGGAGCCCUGCACCCCUGCAACGUGCUCAUGUGCCCCCACACCUGCGUCACCAACCUGCCCAAACCCAGACAGAAGCAGCCCGGCACCGAGGUGGGUCCGGCUUCUAUGAUCGUGGGAAACCUGGUGGCAGGAAAGAGGAUUGCACAGGCCUGCGGGAGAGACGUGACCCAGCUGGAGGACCACGACCAGUUUCUAUAUCUUCAGGAUGUCCUGCAGUGGAGAGCUCAGGCUACGCCAGAUCAUCCUCUGUUUCUGCUGCUCAACUCUAAGGGCACUGUGGUCAACACUGCGUCCUGUGUGCAGCUACACAAGCGUGCGGAGCGUGUGGCAUUAGCGCUGAUGGAGAGAGGACGACUGAACGCUGGAGAUCACGUAGCACUGCUGUAUCCUCCUGGUAUUGAUCUGAUCGCCACGUUUUACGGCUGUCUGUACGCCGGCUGUGUUCCCGUCACCGUCAGACCUCCACACCCGCAGAACCUGGCCACAACCCUGCCCACUGUCAAGAUGAUUGUUGAGGUCAGUAAGUCUGUAUGUAUUCUGACCACUCAAGCAAUAAUGAAACUACUGAAAUCCAAAGAGGCGGCGGCGGCUGUGGAUAUUAAAACAUGGCCGUUGAUACUGGACACAGAUGAUCUGCCGAGGAAGAGGCUUCCUCAGAUCUACAAGCCUCCGAGUCCAGAGAUGCUGGCCUACCUAGACUUCAGUGUGUCCACCACAGGGAUCCUCGCCGGGGUGAAGAUGUCCCACGCUGCCACCAGUGCCUUGUGUCGCUCCAUUAAACUGCAGUGUGAGCUGUACCCGUCCCGACAGAUCGCCAUCUGCCUCGACCCGUACUGCGGCCUGGGCUUCGCUCUCUGGUGUCUCUGCAGUGUGUACUCAGGUCAUCAGUCUAUCCUGGUCCCUCCGCUGGAGCUGGAGACGAAUGCAUCUCUGUGGUUGUCGGCCGUCAGCCAGUACAAAGUGCGCGUGACCUUCUGCUCAUACUCAGUGAUGGAGAUGUGCACCAAAGGCCUGGGCUCUCAAACUGAAGCUCUGCGGCUGCGUAACGUGAACCUGUCAUGUGUGAGGACCUGUAUGGUGGUGGCGGAGGAGCGUCCUCGUAUCACACUCACUCAGAGUUUCUCCAAGAUCUUCAAGGAUCUGGGUUUGUCCACUCGCGCCGUCAGCACCACCUUCGGCUGCAGGGUCAACGUGGCCGUCUGUCUACAGGGCACGGCGGGUCCGGAUCCCACCACUGUAUAUCUGGACAUGCGGGCACUGCGGCACGACAGGGUUCGAUUAGUGGAGAGAGGAUCACCACACAGUCUGCCACUGAUGGAGUCUGGGAAGAUUCUGCCAGGGGUGAAGGUUAUCAUCGCUAACACAGAGACGAAAGGACCUCUAGGAGAUUCUCAUCUGGGAGAGGUCUGGGUGAGCAGUCCCCAUAAUGCCACUGGGUAUUAUACGGUGUAUGGCGAGGAGGCGCUGCAUGCGGAUCAUUUCAACACCAGACUGAGUUUCGGGGACACGCAGACGGUCUGGGCUCGCACCGGAUAUCUGGGCUUCUUACGCCGCACUGAACUCACAGAUGCCAGCGGAGAGCGUCAUGAUGCGCUGUAUGUGGUUGGAGCUCUGGACGAGACUCUGGAGCUGCGGGGAAUGCGCUACCAUCCCAUAGACAUCGAGACUUCUGUGAUCCGCUCACACAAGAGCAUCGCCGAGUGUGCCGUGUUCACCUGGACGAAUCUGCUGGUGGUGGUUGUGGAGCUGGAGGGCUCGGAGCAGGAGGCUCUGGAUCUCGUAGCACUGGUGACCAAUGUGGUUCUGGAGGAGCACUACCUGAUCGUGGGGGUGGUGGUGGUGGUGGACCCCGGAGUCAUUCCCAUCAACUCCAGAGGGGAGAAACAGCGCAUGCACCUGCGGGACGGCUUCCUCGCGGACCAGCUCGACCCCAUAUAUGUGGCCUACAACAUGUGAGACUGCGGAACUUGAGGAAUCUGCAGAUGCACAUUUACAGAGGAAGCGUUCGCGGUGGGGGAGAGUGUGGACAGUCGCUUUUCUUCCUCCAGAAACACGAAGAGUCCUUGAUGGAGCUAUGCAGUUUAUUUUUUAUAUCAGACUGACAGAAUGCCUUGGAAAUAAAACUCUGAUUCAGUGGUCAGGCCAAACAACUCGAUUUCAUCUCCUGUUUAUCUGGGGUUGGGACACUGAAUCGAUGCAUUGUGAAUCAGGAAAUUAUUCUGCAUUGAUUAGGAGAUUUUAUAAAUGCAUGGAGAUUCUCUGUUGAAUCAAUUUUAAGCUUCGUUUUCACCAGCAGAUGGUGCUGAAUGCUUUACAAACAGCUUAUCUCUGCUUGCCUCUAAUUCCGUACACAUACCACUUAAAACCUAAAAUUAUCAAUAUUAAGGGUUUCAUUUACAAGUGAGUUCAUCGUGAGUUGUUUACAUAAAUCUUAUGACAAAAGUCGAGGUGUAGGUACUUUUGUCCUGGUAUUUGUGAGCAUUUGAGUGCAGUUAAAAUUAAGUCUAGAGUGCCGUCUGCCCUUAAACACUAGCCUAGAGCGCCGUCUGCCAAUAAACACUAGCCUAGAGCGACAUCUGCUGUUAAACACUAGCCUAGAGCGCCAUCUGCUGUUAAACACUAGCCUAGAGCGCCAUCUGCUGUUAGCCUGGAGAGCUGUCUGCCCUUAAACAAUAGCCUAGAGCGCCGUCUGCCAAUAAACACUAGCCUAGAGCGUCGUCUGCUGUUAAACACUAGCCUAGAGCGCCGUCUGCUCUUAAACACUAGCCUAGAGCGCCAUCUGCUGUUAAACACUAGCCUAGAGCGCCGUCUGCUGUUAAAAACCAGCCUAGAGCGCCGUCUGCUGUUAAACACUAGCCUAGAGCGCCGUCUGCUGUUAAAAACCAGCCUAGAGCGCCGUCUGCUGUUAGCCUGGAGCACUGUCUGCCAUUAAACCCUAGCCUAGAGCGUUGUCUGCUGUUAAACACUAGUCUAGAGCGCCAUCUGCUGUUAAACACUAGUCUAGAGCGCCGUCUGCUGUUAAACACUAGUCUACAGCACCAUCUGUUGUUAAACACUAGCCUAGAGCGUUGUCUGCUGUUAAACACUAGCCUACAGCACCAUCUGCUGUUAAACACUAGUCCAGAGUGCCAUCUCCUGUUAAACACUAGUCUAGAGCGUUGUCUCCUGUUAAACACUAGCCUAGAGCACCAUCUGCUGUUAGCCUAGAGGGCUGUCUGCCAUUAAACACUAGCCUAGAGCGCCGUCUGUUUUUAAACACUAGCCUAGAGUCCUAUCUGCCCUUAAAAAACUAGCCUAGAGCGCUGUCUGUCAUUAAACACUAGCCUAGAAUGCCAUCUGCUGUUAAACACUAGUCUAGAGCGCCAUCUGCUGUUAAACACUAGCCUAGAGCACCAUCUGCUGUUAAACACUAGCCUAGAGCACCAUCUGCUGUCAGCCUAGAAUGCCAUCUGCCAUUAAACACUAGCCUAGAGCGCCAUCUGUUGUUAAACACUAGCCUAGAGCACCGUCUAUUGUUAAACACUAGCCUAGAGCGCCGUCUGCUGUUAAACAGUAGCCUAGAUCACCGUCUGCUGUUAAACAGUAGCCUAGAUCACCGUCUGCUGUUAAACAGUAGCCUAGAUCACCGUCUGCUGUUAAACAGUAGCCUAGAUCACCGUCUGCUGUUAAACAGUAGCCUAGAUCACCGUCUGCUGUUAAACACUAGCCUAGAGCGCCGUCUGCUGUUAAACACUAGCCUAGAUUGCAGUCUGCUGUUAAAUACUAGCUUAAUGUGCCACCUGCUUUUGAAAACUAGCCUAGAGCGCAAUCAGAUGUUGGAAUCAACCCUAAACCUCCCCCUUACAGUAAUGAAAUGAUGAUGCUAUAUGUAUGUGCACAUUUUCAGUAGCCAUAGCUAUAACACUUCUAGCCGUAAUCCAACCUACUAGCGGAGGAAGACUCUCCCACUCGGAGGCCUGGAUCUAGGUUGCAUUCCAGUUCAUAUUUUAAUGCACUUCACUAACGUCCCUCCGUCUCAUGCACCUCGGAUGUACAUCAUUGAUCAUUACGCAAGUGUCUAAUACUGGCUGAACAUCUGAAUGGGUUUAUAUGCAAUGCACUAAUCCCUUGAACACUUGGGAAUCACACUGUUGUGACGUAACAAUUGCAAUUGGGAUGCAUAGGUGCUGGAGUGGACAUAUGAAGCCGACGCACUCCCUUUGCAAAAAUCGAGGGAUUGAGUGCAUAUCAGAGUAAGCUUCCCUCGUUCACUUGGGCCCAAUCCCAAUUCUACCCCUUAGCCCUUCCCCUUACUCCUCAUUUUGUGUGUUCACCUGAAGGGGUAGGGGCAGGGCUUAAUUUGUACCAGAACACACUGGAUCCAGAACCUCUGUAAUCUGAUCCGGCACCUCAUUUUACAGCAGUCAUGAUCAUCGAUCUCAUAUAAAGUAUGAGAUUGCGAUGACGUAUGAUGAGGGUGCAGGUGUUGUAGUGGUGUCCGAUUUCUUAGGGCUAAAUUUUGAAGCCCUUCCCCUUCACACUCUAUUUCAAGGGCCAAGGGGUAGGGUUUCAAAAUAGAAUUGGGAUUGGACCUUGAUGAACUGGAACACACUUCAAAAUGGCGUUGGAGAUUCCCCUGAGGGUACAAGGCAGGGGAAGUUGGCAGUGCAUUUCCAAGGGUGUACUCACACUAGGUAGUUGCCUUGAACCGUGUUCUUUAGUUUCAGGCUCAGGUGAGCUUUGCACUCACACUACAAGCGUACCGCAACAAAGUCCAACAGAACUGCGCUUUGGCACAGUUUUCCAACCAGGCCAGGGCCUGCCAACUGAAUUACGUCUGGGCACUUACACUUGUCAAACGAGCCCGGGCACAGUUCGGACAGCCUAGUGUCAGUACACCCUAAAAGUGCACUGGAAGACAGCCCUAGUGGUCUGGUUUGUGUCCUGAUACAUGUGUGGGUCUGCCGCUGAAUAUAUUUUGGGCCUAGUGCGCCAUCUGCAGUUAGAAACUAAGCUCAGAAUUGAUUCCAGAACUGAAUCCUGAUGCAUUACGAGAAUUAAAGAAAUUAUCCGUGAAUCUCAAUGCAUUGAUUGAUUGCUCAGGCCUACCGUUUUCUCAUGUGACAUAACUAUGAGUUGAUCAAGAACAUACCGCACUGUAUGACACACGUGUGUUGAUUGUUCUCUGUGUGUGAGGAGGACCAGUGUUGUACCACUGUACAGUCAAUUCAAGAACACAUGUAAAUGCAUUUAAAGUCUUGCCAUCACUGUCGCCAAUGAUGUAGCUGUACAAAAUGCACAAACUAAUUGGUUUUAACAUCACACACAUCUAUGAUAUUUUAUCCGGAGACCAAACGGCAAUAAUGAAGUGAGUGUCUGCCUGCUGGAGAGCAUUGCUGAAGGUGUGUGUGUGUGUGUGUGUGGAUUUAAUGCUCCUCAAAUUCAUAAGUUCAUUCAUUCUCAACAUUAACUUUAAACACGUUCAUAUGCCUGAUUCAUUCAUUCUGUGAGCUUCUAGACUGAGCAGGACAGGAAUCAGGGUAAAAAGAGUCAACAGAUGAAGAGUCUUAUUCAGGUAACCGAGUCCCAGUGUGAAAAAGCAUUUCUGCAUUGUCCUUUCAGCUUUUCAUUUUAUAUACUGAUAUUCAUGUUCAUUACUAGAUCAUCUACUCCUGCAGAUGAAUGUAUGAAGGUGACAUUUUCAGUCUCCUACAUUAUACCGGUUGAAAAGAAAGUAGCAUUUUCCAUGCAUCCUUUAAAACAUACCAAACAGGUGUGACAGUUACUUCAGGAAAUAAACAAUGACCACUGCAGGUGAGGGCUUUUCAUUUUCCUAGCAUUACUGUGUCAAAGCGUGAUGAUAGCUAAUGUUUUUUUCAGAUGCACUGUACACUGCAUUGGCCAGCACUGUAUAGAGCAUUUCUAAGACGGCUUGCUUUCUUCUGUUGUGUUCAUUGCAUAUAUAUAUGACAUGCUGUAAUUAUGUACAGAAUUUGUGUAAUAAGUUAUUACUGGGACACCAGAAAUCCACUGAUGCUUUCGUCAUGGUUUUUGCAGCGCUAUGGAGGAAACCAAAUGCUGCUCAAAUCAAAGUUUCAUUUCUUGACCAAGCAGUACAAGAUGAGUAUCUCUUCAUGUCAUGUUUUAUAAGCCGAUAGACUCCAGAAGUGGUUUUGCUGCAAGGAUUGUAAAGCACAUACAGCAUCUGUAUCGCAGGAUGAUUGUGUGACUGUUCUGUCAUUUAGUGAACGUUUGGUUGAAACAGCUUUUGACUUCUGUUAAUAUUUCUUAAUAAAAACACCAUGCUUUUAA